GUGGCUGCUGUGGCUCUGAUGAGAAGCAAUAUGUGUAUGGAGGCUGGGCCUGGGCUUGGUGGUGCAUUACUGACACCCAAAGGAUUUCCCUAGAGAUAAUGACGUUACAGCCCAGGUGUGAGGACGUAGAGACGGCGGAGGGGGUAGCUAUAACUGUCACAGGUGUGGCACAGGUGAAGAUAAUGACUGAGAAGGAGCUCCUGGCUGUGGCCUGUGAGCAGUUCUUGGGGAAGAACGUGCAGGAUGUGAAGAACGUGGUCCUGCAGACGCUGGAGGGACAUCUGCGCUCCAUCCUGGGUACCCUGACAGUGGAGCAGAUCUACCAGGACAGGGACCAGUUUGCCAAGCUGGUGCGGGAGGUGGCAGCUCCCGACGUGGGUCGCAUGGGCAUCGAGAUCCUGAGUUUCACCAUCAAGGAUGUCUAUGAUAAAGUGGAUUACCUGAGCUCCCUGGGGAAGACUCAGAUUGCAGCUGUCCAAAGGGAUGCAGACAUUGGAGUGGCAGAAGCCGAGCGGGAUGCUGGCAUUCGGGAGGCAGAGUGCAAGAAGGAAAUGCUGAAUAUCAAGUUCAUGGCAGAUACCAAAAUAGCAGAUUCCAAACGGGCUUUUGAGUUGCAGAAAGCUGCCUUCACUGAGGAGGUCAACAUGAAGACUGCAGAGGCCCAGCUGGCCUACGAGCUCCAGAGCGCCCGGGAGCAGCAGAAGAUCCGUCAGGAGGAGAUCGAGAUCGAGGUGGUGGAGCGCAAGAAGCAGAUUGAGGUGGAGGAGAAGGAGGUGCUGAGGAUGGAGAAGGAGCUGACGGCCACCGUGAAGCAGCCGGCCGAGGCCGAGGCCUAUCGCAUCCAGCAGAUCGCCGAGGGCGAGAAGGUGAAGCAAAUCCUGCUGGCUCAGGCGGAGGCAGAGAAGAUCCGCAAGAUCGGAGAGGCCGAGGCUUUUGUGAUCGAGGCCGUCGGGAUGGCCGAGGCUGAGGGGCUGAAGCUGAAAGCAGAAGCGCUCCAGAAGUAUGGAGAAGCUGCCCAGCUGGCUCUAGUGCUGGAUGCACUGCCUGAGAUCGCUGCCAAAGUGUCUGCUCCCCUCUCCAAAGUGGAUGAGAUCGUUAUUCUCAGUGGAGAGAAGGGCAGCACCAUGUCUGAUGUGAACCGUCUCCUGGCUGAGAUCCCCAACUCCGUGCGUGCCAUCACUGGUGUGGAUCUCACAAAGCUUCCUCUGUUCCAGAAAGCCACCGAGGCCAAGGAAUGAGGUUGGCCAACCCAAAGCUAGUGAAGAUCACUCCCUGUUAUGCACUCAGACAUCAACUGCCUUCUACACAUGGGAAUUCCUUUUAUAUCAAAGACAAUCCGAGUUUCAUUUGUAACUGGUGCCUUAUUUUGUAGGGCCAGAAAGAUGCAUGUCCUGUCUGCUGCUCUUUUUAUUCCAAAGCUGAAAGAGGAUUUAUUUUCUAAUUAACUUUGUGUUGUCUCAGGCCAAUCCCAUCCCCAGUUAUGACUGGCAGCUUGUCUGGUGUUGCAGUCCCUGUGCCUUGCUGUUCUCUGCCCUGGGGUGAGCACCUGGGACUUGGGGAGCAGAGGGUUGGGAUGGGGAGGUUUAGGAAGAGAACCAGGACCCCCCUCCCCUGGGCUCCCUGCCCUGUCUCAGUGACCCUCCUGGGCCCUGUCCCAGCCCUGCCUCUGCCCUCAGCUGUCCCUGUCUCACCCCCAGGGUCCCCACAGUGCCAGCAGCCCUGCCCAGGCUGGCUGGGUGGCACUCAACCCCCUCACAACAGGUGACAAUCUAGCAGUCGGUGCUGCCCUCUCCCAUGCUUGGGGAGUUUUCCUCACAGGAUCUGAAGCAGGGAGAGCUCCAGGGGACAGAGGGAGCCCAGCUCAGCCCUGGAGAGAUCUCACCACCACGAAUACUGAAAAGCAGCGCUGUGCCAAAGCCUCCCAUCCCCUGAGAGGGCAGUGAAGUCACUGUGCCUGCUGUCCCCAGGUGCUGUGACACCUCCCAACCCCACAAAUGCUCAAGCAGAGUGGUGCUCAGAGGUGGGUGGGGGACCAGCAGGAUGCUGAGGUGAGGACAGGCUCCUCCAGCACAGCCUGUGCAUCUGCCCCUGCCUCCCUCCCUCCCCUGACUCUUAGGCCAGUGGCUUUGUUGCCUUGUGACAAUGUGAAGGAGAUUGUCCCUGUGUGUGCCCCCAGAGCCCUGUGCUGGCCUGUGCCCUCCCCAGCCUGUCCCAGUGCCUGGUUCAGCGUGGCUGGCACAGCUCAGUGUGUGCAGUCAGCCUGGCACUGCUGGUGCUGCACCCCCAGCUCGGUGCCCCCACCCCGUGCCACAGGGCGGCUGCAGGUCCCUCCUGGGGGUGUCCUUUGCCAGGAGUGACCCUCGGUGGCUGCAGGUCCCUCCCGGGGGUGUCCUUUGCCAGGAGUGGCCCUCGGCGGCUGCAGGUCCCUCCCGGGGGUGUCCUUUGCCAGGAGUGGCCCUCGGCGGGUGCUGCAGGGCCCCCCGUGCCCUCCGUGCCGUUAUCAGCCCCCGGGUGGGCAGGCGUGCCGGGCCGGGCCAGGCUCUAUCUGCAUGUGCCGCCACCCCGCUGCCGUGAGAUAACAAAGAAACCCUUGAAUAAACCCUUGUCACCUCCU